AUGUCGAAUAUGGAAAAGCAUUUAUUUAAUUUGAAGUUUGCUGCCAAAGAUCUGGAAAGGCAAGCAAAGAAGUCUGAAAAAUCUGAGAAAGAGGAAAAAGCCAAAUUGAAAAAAGCCAUUCAAAAAGGAAAUACUGAAGGUGCCAAAAUCCAUGCUGAAAAUGCCAUUCGACAGAAGAACCAAGCAUUAAACUUUCGGCGUAUGAGUGCUCGAAUAGAUGCUGUUUCAUCUAGAGUACAGACUGCAAUAACAACAAAGAAGGUAACUCAGUCCAUGGGAGGAGUUGUCAAGUCUAUGGAAUCAGCCAUGAAAUCCAUGAAUCUAGAAAAGAUUGCUCAAUUGAUGGACCGCUUUGAGAAAGAAUUUGAGAAUUUAGAUGUUCAAUCACAAGUUAUGGAAGGCACUAUGUGCAACACAUCAACUCUAACAACACCACAGAAUGAAGUUGACAGCUUAAUGCAACAAGUUGCAGAUGAAGCUGGAUUGGAGUUGAAUAUGGAUUUGCCUUCAGCAUUGCUUCAAAAAUUGGCACUCCAAGCUAAGGAUCAUAAGCUUUUUUUGAACAGGUAA